AUGGCGCGCCGGGAGGCCGACGUGGCGCUCCUGCUCUGCGCCGCCCUGCUGCUGGCGGCGGGCGGCCCGGCGCGCUGCGCCCGCGAGGAGCCGGAGGAGGGCGGCCGCGCCGGGCGGCAGGGGGAGCGCCCCCCGUCCUGCCACGGCGCCUUCGACCUCUACUUCGUCCUGGACAAAUCUGGAAGUGUCAAACAUCAUUGGACAGAAAUCUAUUCCUUUGUUGAAGGCCUGGCCGAGAAGUUCAUAAGUCCACUGCUGCGCAUGUCCUUCAUCGUCUUUUCCUCACGAGGCACCACAGUCAUGAAGCUGAUGGAAGACAGGGAAGCCAUCCGGCGUGGCCUGGCCGUUCUCCGGAGACAGGUGCCCGGGGGAGACACCUUCAUGCACGAAGGCUUCCGGAGGGCCAACGAACAGAUUCUGAAGGAGAAGCACGCAGGAAUUCAGACAGCAAGUGUGAUCUUCGCUCUUACGGACGGGGAGCUGCAAGAGGCUCAGUUUUCUUAUGCAGAGAAAGAAGCCGACCGAGCACGGGCGCUCGGGGCGACCGUCUACUGUGUCGGCGUGAAGGACUUCAACGAAACCCAGCUUUCGACCAUCGCUGAUAGCGCUGACCACGUUUUCCCCGUGACAGGAGGUUUCCACGCCCUCCGAGGGACCAUUGAUUCCAUCCUCAAGAAGUCCUGCAUCGAGAUCCUUGCUGCUGAGCCGUCCAGCGUCUGUGCAGGAGAAUCCUACCAAGUGGUGGUGAAAGGCAACGGCUUCUAUUACGCACGGAAUAUCGAUCAAGUGCUCUGCAGUUUCAAAAUCAACAACACGGUCACUUUCAAUGAACGCCCAACCGUGGUCCAGGACACGUACCUGCUCUGCCCUGCACCAGUGAUGGACGACGUCGGGCAGGUGGUUUUCCUGCAAGUCAGCAUGAACAACGGGCUGACAUUCGUCACCAGCUCCGUGAGCGUCACCAGCACACGCUGCCACCACGGAACGGUCCUCUUCAUCGCACUCCUGGUUCUGUUCCUGCUCCUGGCCUUGGCGCUCCUCUGGUGGUUCUGGCCACUCUGCUGCACGGUGGUCGUCAAGGACCCGCCCACCCCGCUGCCCCCGGAGCCCGAGUCGGAAGACGAGGAUGGGCUGCCGAAGAAGAAGUGGCCCACCGUGGACGCCUCCUACUACGGCGGGAGGGGCGUUGGCGGGAUCAAGCGGAUGGAGGUGAGAUGGGGUGGCAAAGGGUCAACGGAGGAAGGCGCGAAACUGGAGAAGCCGAAAAAUGCCGUUGUCAGACUGCCAGAGCAAGAGUAUGAGCCCUGGGAACCCAAGCCGAAGAAGUGCAGCCUGCGGAAGCCGCCCCCGCCGGGCGAGUGGUAUGCCCCCAUCAAGGGCAAGCUGGACGCCAUCUGGGCCCUCAUCCGGCGCGGCUACGAUCACGUCUCUCUUCUGAGGCCGCAGCCAGGAGAGCAGGGCCGAUGCAUAAAUUUCACCAGAGUGAAGUCCGAUGGGACCGUCGUCUCGUACAGCCCGGCCCAGCAGCCUCCAGAGCGGCCCGCUGUCAGCCAUGCUGCGGGACACGCACCCCCUCCGGAGCCAGUGCAGCUCCCUCCCCGCAGGCAGCUGCCCCGCGGCCCUCCCCCUGCACGGCAGCCCCCGGGGCCGCCCCCAUCACGGCUUCCUCCUCCGCUUCUUGCCUAAAGCCCAGGAACCGGGAGCACCUGGACGCAGUUCUUCUCAGAGCCCAGCAUGAGAAGCCUGGGCUGGAUGCCGAAUUUGUUGCUGGUCAGCAAAAUCAAAGCAAACUUCCAGGUGUCCGUUGAGAAUGUUUAACUAUAUUUAUGCCACAUGUACCAUAAAAAUAUUCCUUGCUUUCUUGGAUCUACUGGGCCUAGGACAACAUUAGCAAAAAUAGCUAGUGGGGUGAGAGCUAACCUGAUGCAUGUGCUAGACCUCCGUGCCCGUCG